GAUGCACUGGACCUUUAAGCGACAAACACGUGGCACUAUCAUACUUCCGUCCAAACCGAAAACAAACCAAGCGAAGCGUUUUUGAACGCUACGCCUCGAGAUGCGCUCUUCACCGAAACGUGACGGGAAGUCGCGGUGCUAAUAAGUGGCCGAACGAGGUCGUCGUUUCAAACCGCGUCUUGUGCGAUCGCGUAUGCUUCUCCCGGAAAAAAUGGAGGCUGGCACGCUGGUAUCUGACAUCGAAGAUGUCUCUGUGCUCUUCGGACAGCAACAACAUUCCAGCAAAUGUCAAGAGCUCAGCGGCUUGUUUUCCUUCGUGAGGAGAGUGCGAGGCGAUGGAAAUUGUUUCUACAGAGCCUUUUGUUUUGCCUAUUUGGAAUCAAUCCUGCACAACGUCAAGGCUUUGCAAAGGUUCAAGGAGAAAAUCAUCACGACCAGCGAACACCUCUCCUCCGCAGGAUUUGAUCAGAGUUCCUUCCAGCUUCACCUGAACACAAUCCUCAAUGUCAUUGAGCAUUGCGAGGGCAGCAAGCGGGAGGAUAUCCUGCUGAGGUUCUUCAAUGAUCACGUGACCUCGGACAGCGUGGUGCAGUACCUGCGCCUGCUCACAUCCGCGCACCUGCAGAACCACGCCGACGACUUCUGCAACUUUGUGGAAGCGCCCAGUCUGCAGGUCUACUGUCAUCAAGAAGUAGAAGCCAUGGGGAUGGAGUGUGACCAUGUGGACAUCCUGGCUCUGACUCAGGCACUGGAUAUCUGUAUCCACAUUGUGUCAAUGGGCGGCGAAGACGAGCAGUUGGUGCACCACGUUAUCCCUGAUGGGGCCGAGCCCGCCAUGCACCUCCUCCACCACGUAUCACACUUUAGCAUUCUGGGCCCACGACCCCCACUCUUGAAUGUUCCCUCGCAGCAGUCACAGACACGAUCGACUGGGAUCGCGUUUCAUUCUGAAAGCACGUUUUAGGACAGGGUGCGACUUCUCUUCUUCACACGUGUGAUUGUACACUGUCAAAUGUUUUAAAAUGCACUCUCAACUGUAAUAGACAUUUUCAUUCAAGGGGAAGUCAGCCCCAAAAUUGUCUUUACAAUAUGUUCUAUGUGACCCCAUCGCAUAAAUGUGGCAUUCUGAUGAAUUGCGUUUGUGAAAUGAGUCAAGCAGCAAAAUCCACCCGUUUUUGUCCCAUUUCAGGGGCCAUUUUGCCAGUUGCUGUCAAAUGAAAAUGACAAAUUUGCUCAGGGCUCAGGUAAUGAUCAAUCAUGGCUCAGUUCAGAAAACGGGUGCUCUGUGAGCAACUGUGUUGUCAUUUUCACUCGACAGAAGGUGGCAAAAUGGCCACCACCCUGAGAUGGGUAAAAACGGAUGAACUUUGCUAAACUCGUAUUCCCCAAAAGCAAUAUUGAUAAUACAAUGUUUGGACUAGUGGAGGCGCAUAGAACAUAUGACGGUAAGGAAAAUUUUGGGGUUGACUUCCCCUUUAAAGGACAACAGUUGUGGAUCUUGGCGUUUUCACAAAUACUAAGGCAUGGAAGAAAAAAAAAUGACAUCGGCAUUGCCAGAAGAUCAUGUUCCGUUAGCUAAUGGUCCAAUCUGAUUUCAGAUAUCAUCACCCUUUCUUAUACCAUCUUGGGGAUGCAAUGCUAUGAUGUGCCCUCAUGUUUUACUAAUGUGAGUCUCUUUAUUUCCUCCUACUCACAUGUAAUUAGUGGAACACUUUGAGUCAUUAAAAUAGCAGUUUUUAAUGAGGCAAAA